AUGCCCCGUCUACCUUACGAUCUUUUAUCCUACAUCGUUGAGGCCGUUGAUGACCCGAAGACUCAAUGGGUCCUCCUCACCGUUAGUCGCGAAACGGGUCGAUUCCCCCUAACAGCCAUCUACCGCGAGCUCUCCUUCGACUCGCGCGAUGCCCCCUCGUCCUAUGUCACACGCGAUCCCAAAUACCUGAUAUCCCUCGAAAAAUUGACCAUCGGUGCUGAAACAAACCCACAUCUCCGAUUCACCGCUUCGUUCAAUUUAUUUAGCUACACGUCAAACGACUUGGGCAACAAAUGCCUGCGGGCGCUACUUCCGUUUCUUACCAACUUACGACGGCUGGCGAUCAACUCUAUUUACGUCGACCCCGACACUCUGGGGCUCCUUCCCCCGACAGCGAGACUCACGCAUCUCAUUCUGGGAAGCACGAAUUACUCGUCGUCAUUUGUGGACCUCUUGGCAUCCCAUCCAAAUCUACGUCUAUUCUCGGUAUACCAGUUCGGGGCACCCCUUGGAAGCGAGGAGCGUCCAUACAACGCUGCUAUAUCGCCCACAGCGCUCCCAGAGAUACACUCCCUCAAAUGCCCAAUCAGAAUCGCCAAGCGAUUCGGACAUAGGCCAUCAGUCCACGACGUCUGCUUCACCACCGCGUGGAGCCAGCGCCACACACCGUUUCCCGAAGAGACGGAAGAUGCGAUAGUGAAGGCAUUCCCUUCGGUCCGCGCUGCCUACUUCCCGGAACCGUUCAAUUUCCCCGGAGUCGCUUCGUUGUCCCGAAGGCUCGCAAGCUUGGAGUAUCUGCGAUUGGAUGUAGAUGGGGUAACGGCCCCCUUGCCCUGGAACCUCCUUUCGACGACGAAAUUGAAGUACCUCAGGCUUGUCGGCGACAUGAUCCCGAUGGGUGCGCCCGAGAGAACCGCCCGCUCGGUAUUUGAUGCCAUUGGGGCUAUGGUGAUGGUCGACAUAAGCGAAGAUGAGAAAGACAAGUUUCGGCGCUUCUAUCGUCACUCGAGAACAGGCUUUUCGGUGCAAAUCUGCACCUCACAAUGGCAGCCUUGGUGGGAGAGCGUGCAGCCGGAUAUUGAUAAUGCGUGCCUCCUUGAUCGAGACCGCUUGGUUGGCUAG